AGAGCAAGCAAUGUUGCAGCUUUCUAAGAUGAAGGACAAACUCAAACAAGUCAAGGAGGAAACAGUCAGACUGAAACAGAAGGUCCAGCUCCAUGACACCUUAAAAACAAAAGACAAGGACAUAAUGUUGAACUCUCUGGAUAAGAAGGUGUCAGAGGUGUUUCACUGCUGCGUGAACAAGCACUGCACCAUCUUAGGUACCCUGGAGAAGCUGACAAGGAUUGAAAACCGCAUGUCUGAGCUGGUAGAGCAGGUUGAGACCAUGCCUAAAGAAGUGGUGGAGAGGUUAUUGCAGGUCAAGGAGCAGGAGAGGAGAUCCAGGCUGCACGAGGAAAAGCUCCGACUGGAAAGGCAGAAACAUGAGCUGAAAUUUAAAAAGUACAAAGAAAGAGCCAUGGGUGAAACCAAGAAAAAGAGUGGAAGGAAGCUCAUGCCCAGAUCUUAUGUUGGUGCGACCAAAAAGGAAGUCCCUGAAGAAGACAACAGACCUGAUGAGGAAGAUCUACCUGACUACCUGUCAUCAGACACUGAGGACUUUUAAAAAUAGAUGUUUCCCAUGUCAUGCAAAAUUUUAAAAAGUAAAAAAAUACAAGUGAAAG